UUAGUCCAAAAAAAUUAAAAGGCGGAGUGGAUUUGACAGACGUUCCUAGACGCUUGUGUGACAGAAACGGGCAGCCGAACCAGCAGUCAUGUGUGGAAUCUUCGCUUAUCUCAACUACCAUGUACCAAGGACUCGGCGUGAGAUCCUUGAAAUCCUUCUCAAAGGCCUGCGACGUCUGGAGUACCGAGGCUAUGACUCUGCCGGUGUGGGCAUUGAUGGCGGUAAUGGCAAGGAUUGGGAGAUCAAUGGCAGGACUAUCCAACUGAUCAAGCAGCGUGGAAAAGUGAAUGCUCUUGAUGAGGAGAUCCACAAACAGCAAGAUCUGGAUCUUGAGGUGGAGUUGGAUGUCCACCUCGGCAUUGCUCACACCCGCUGGGCCACACAUGGAGAACCGAGCGCAGUCAAUAGCCACCCACACAGAUCAGACAAGACCAAUGAGUUCAUUGUUAUUCACAAUGGAAUUAUCACCAACUAUAAAGAUCUAAGGAAAUUCCUGAUGAGUAAAGGCUAUGAGUUUGAGACUGAGACCGACACAGAGUCCAUUGCCAAGCUGGUGAAGUACAUGUACGACAACCGCGAGAGUGAUGACAUCUGUUUUGCCACUCUGGUGGAAAGGGUAACACAGCAACUGGAAGGUGCUUUUGCGCUGGUCUUCAAGAGUGUUCAUUAUCCUGCUGAGGCAGUUGUCACAAGGAGGGGAAGUCCGCUGCUGAUUGGUGUGCGAAGUGACCACAAGCUCUCAACAGACCAUAUUCCUGUGGUCUACCGCUCAUCUGGCAAAGAAAAGAAGAGCUGCGGUUCCAUCCCCAGAGUCGACCAGGACACCUGCCUGUUCCCUGUGGAUGAGAAAGCUGUUGAGUAUUACUUUGCCUCCGACGCAAGUGCCGUUAUAGAGCAUACAAAUCGGGUGAUCUUCCUCGAGGAUGAUGACGUGGCUGCUGUGACAGAGGGAAGGCUGUCCAUCCACAGGAUAAAACGCAGAGCCGGAGAUUACCCCGCCCGCGCUAUACAGACCCUUCAGAUGGAGCUGGAGCAAAUCAUGAAAGGCAAUUUUAGCUCCUUCAUGCAAAAGGAAAUCUUUGAGCAGCCUGAGUCUGUGGUCAACACCAUGAGAGGAAGAGUCAACUUUGAUGACAACACAGUGACCUUGGGUGGACUGAAGGACCACAUCAAAGAGAUCCAAAGAUGUCGACGCCUGAUUCUUAUUGCAUGCGGCACCAGCUACCAUGCCGGCGUCGCGACUCGUCAGGUCCUGGAGGAGCUUACAGAGCUGCCUGUGAUGGUGGAGCUGGCCAGCGAUUUUCUGGACCGGAACACACCUGUCUUCCGAGAUGACGUUUGCUUCUUUAUUAGCCAGUCGGGUGAGGGUGCAGUGCAGAGCACUGGCCUUGUUUCCAUGUCAGGGAGCCAGACUGUAAACUGUGAGACUGCUGAUAGUCUGAUGGCCCUGCGCUACUGCAAGGAAAGAGGGGCUCUGACUGUGGGCAUCACGAACACGGUGGGCAGCUCCAUCUCUCGGGAGACUGACUGUGGAGUCCACAUCAAUGCCGGACCUGAGAUCGGAGUGGCCAGCACUAAGGCCUACACAAGCCAGUUUGUGGCCCUCAUUAUGUUUGCUCUGAUGAUGUGCGCUGACCGGAUUUCCAUGCAGCCAAGACGCCGUGACAUCAUCCAGGGUUUGAAGGUGCUUCCGGACCUGAUCAAGGAGGUCCUCAGUUUGGAUGAUGAGAUCCAGAAGCUGGCGACAGAGCUGUACCAGCAAAAGAGUGUACUGAUCAUGGGCAGAGGCUACCAUUAUGCUACCUCCUUGGAAGGAGCCCUGAAAAUCAAGGAGAUCACAUACAUGCACUCUGAGGGCAUCCUGGCUGGGGAGCUGAAGCAUGGCCCUCUGGCUCUUGUGGACAAUCUCAUGCCAGUCAUCAUGAUCAUCAUGAAAGACCACACAUACGUCAAAUGUCAGAACGCCCUGCAGCAAGUUGUCGCCCGCCAGGGCCGCCCGAUCAUAAUCUGCGACAGAGACGAUUACGAGAGCAUCAGCAACUCGGGCCGCACCAUCAAAGUGCCUCACUGCGUGGACUGCUUGCAGGGCAUCCUGAGCGUCAUCCCCCUGCAGCUGCUCUCCUUCCAUCUGGCAGUGCUCCGAGGCUUCGACGUGGACUGUCCUCGAAAUCUAGCCAAGUCAGUGACAGUGGAGUGAAUGGGCCCAUUCGUCACCAUGUGGUGGGCUGGAGGACACGUAGACAUGGCGAGGGACUGAAGAACAACAUGUCCCCAUUUAUGUGUCUGGUUUUGUACGUCCUGUCCUCUUUUAUGCAUUUUACCCAUAUCUGGCUGUUUCAUCUCUGUUGGACUUCUUAGUGUUGUAGUAGACUGGCGACGGUAUGGGCUGGCACUCACGUUAUCCACCUUGCUCUGACUCGGUGUGCCAAUAAGCAUCAAAAUGAAGCUUCUUUCUUCUUCUUAAUGCGGCAAACUGGUGGGAGUAGUUUAUUUCAUCGAGAGCGUCUUGAAGCCAAUGUUACUAUGAACAACGUUUUGCCUCUUCUUUCAAGUGCUUUUAUUAGUCAUUUAGUUGGCGUCUUUCUGUUUUCAGGUGUCAAAUUUCAAGCCAUGGUAGUCAUAAAUGGUGCCACUUUGAAGCUGUUUGAUUUAUGUGCACAACUUUCACUGAAGUAGCAGCAUUUGCGUGAGUGCUCUCGCUUCAUGAUCAAAUAGUUUUAUGUUCUUUAUACAUGUUUUUUUUUAAUAUUUAAAUUACACAAUUUCCUAUUUAAUGUUGACUAAUACCUGUUCUUGUACAAGAACAAGACUUGAUUCUCUACUUUGUCAUACGACACAAUGAAGUUACUGCCAGCCCACACCCAUCAUGACUACUGCAAAUGCAAUGUUGAGACCAUUUGUAACUAUUAAUUUGAUAUCUUUUUUUCCAUUUUCUUGUGGGAAUUCAGAAUUUUGUAUCGUUACUCUGACUUAAAAAGUGAAUGUUAGUCUUUUGAAGAAGAAAAAAAAAAUAGUCCUCUCAACCCAAACACUU